AUGGGUCACAAUCUAUUGGCAAGAAGAUCACCGCCUUCCUUGAAAAGUAUGGUAUCAAGCAACACAUGUCCACUCCAAGAUAUCCGUAAGAAUAGACUGGAAGGCACCAAAGGAAAAUGGGUAGAUGAGCUCCAUGGAUUACUUUGGGCUUAUCAAACAACCAAAAGGAGAUCAGCCGGUGAAACCCCAUUUUCCUUAGCUUACGAAAUUGAGGCAAUCAUUCCUCCGCACAUCACUGUCCCGUCUAUGAGCAUUGAGGUGGGUAGUAUUGGUCAGAACUCCAAACAAAUGAAGGUCAACCUCGAUCUACUUGAGGGAGAAUGCGAGAGAGCCAUUGUCCAAGUUGCCUCUUACUAG